AUGGAGGCGCUCAGGGAAUCUUUUCUGCACUUGACCUUUCAGAUGUCCUCCUACAAGCGAGCCACCCUGGACGAGGAUGAGCUGAUGGGCUCCACUGUGGAUGAGAUCUACCCAACCAGCAUGCAGGUGUCUGUGCGGCGUGGGCGUGGCCCCAGGUGCUGGGCUCAUAGAACACACCUGGAGAGGAAGCUGCUGGCCCUGGUGUGUGUGCUGUCCUUCUCUCUAUUCGUGUGUGUCCUCACACUGGGGCUCUACUAUAAAGCAGCUCACCCAGGCCUUUGUCUGUCUGAGUCGUGUGUGAAGGUGGCCAGCACUGUGCUGGGAGCGCUGGACCCCAGCGUGGACCCCUGUCAUGAUUUUUACAACUUUGCCUGUGGGGGCUGGGUGAAGAACAACCCCCUACCUGAGGGCAAGUCGCGCUGGGGUCCCUUCAGCAACCUGUGGGAGCGCAACAUGGCCGUCAUGAAACAGAAGCUGGAGAACAUCUCCAUGGCGGGUCUGAGCCUUGCGGAGAGGAAGGCCCAGUGGUACUAUCAGUCCUGCAUGAACGAGUCCAAAAUACAAGAUCUGGGGGCACAGCCACUACAGGAGCUCAUCAAUCGGACAGGAGGCUGGGCUCUGACAGAAGCCUGGAACAAAUCCAAUUUCCAGGAGGUUCUGCGUGUGGUUUCAGCCAAUUACCGCACCUCUCCCUUUUUCACCGUGUUUGUCAGCACCGACUCCAAGAGCUCCAACAGUAACAUCAUCCAGGUUGACCAAUCAGGACUGGGCCUGCCCUCCCGGGACUACUACCUCAACAAAACGGCCAAUCAGAAGUACUUGGACGCCUAUCUGGACUUCCUGGUGAAGCUGGGGGUCCUGCUGGGCGGGUCUGAAGAGCGGUCCCGGACACUCAUGCAGGAGAUCGUGGACUUUGAGACUGAACUGGCUAACAUCACCAUCCCCCAAGAGGAGCGCCGGGACGAGGAACUCAUUUACCACAAGAUCCAGGCCAAGGAGCUGGGGACUCUGGCUCCUGCAGUAGACUGGAUGCCGUUUCUCAGGGCAGUGUUUGCCCCAGUGGAGCUGAAUGACACCGAGCCUGUGGUGGUCUAUGCUGUGGAGUACCUGCCCAAAGUAUCUCACCUCAUCAGCAGCACUGACAAGAGCAUCCUCAACAACUACAUGAUGAUGAAAGUGGUGCGGAAGAUGGUGUCCAUCCUUGACCAGCGGUUCCAGGAUGCUGAGCAGCGCUUCUUUGAAGUCAUGUACGGCACCAAGAAGAGCUGCAUGCCUCGCUGGAAGCUGUGCGUUAGCGACACCGAUAGCGCCCUGGGCUUCGCUCUGGGGGCCAUGUUUGUCAAAGCCACCUUCGCUGAGGGUAGCAAGGCCGUGGCAGAAGAGAUGGUCUCCCAGAUCAAACAGGCCUUUGAGGAGAGCCUGCAACACGUCGGCUGGAUGGACCCUGAAACCAAGAAGGCAGCCAAACAAAAGGCGGAUGCAAUCUACAACAUGAUUGGAUAUCCAAAGUUUAUAAUGGAACCCAAGGAGUUGGACAAAGUGUUCAAUGAUUUGGCAGUGGUAUCAGACCUCUAUUUCCAAAACGUCAUGCAGUACUACAACUUCUCAGCCAGAGUGACGGCCGACCAGCUGAGGAAGGCUCCCAACAGAGACCAGUGGAGCAUGACCCCACCCACAGUGAAUGCCUACUACAACCCCACCAAGAACGAAAUGGUGUUCCCUGCUGGGAUCCUGCAGGCGCCCUUCUACAGUACUGCAUGGCCAAAGGCUAUGAAUUUUGGGGGCAUUGGUGUGGUCAUGGGUCACGAGCUCACCCAUGCUUUCGAUGAUCAAGGGAGGGAGUAUGACAAGGAUGGGAACCUGCGCUCAUGGUGGAAGAACUCCUCUGUGGAGGCCUUCAAGAAGCAGACGCAGUGCAUGGUGGAGCAGUACAGCAACUACAGCAUCAACCAGGAGCCCCUGAAUGGAAAACACACGCUGGGAGAGAACAUCGCUGACAACGGCGGACUGAAGGCAGCCUACAGGGCUUAUGACAGCUGGAUCAGACAGAAUGGAGAAGAGACUGUGCUGCCAGCCCUGGGCUUGACCAACCGCCAGCUGUUCUUUGUUGGAUUUGCACAGGUCUGGUGCUCAGUCAGGACACCAGAGAGCUCUCAUGAGGGUGUAAUCACAGACCCGCACAGCCCGUCCAGGUUCCGGGUCAUCGGCUCCGUCUCCAACUCCCGCCAGUUCUCUGAGCACUUCCACUGCAGAGAGGGCAGCCCCAUGAACCCCCGCCACAAGUGUGAGCUGUGGUGAUACCCAGCAUGUACAGCGAGGGCCAGGGCAUCCGAACGCCAUGGGGGCGCUGCGUGUGAUGAGCCUGUGGCCCCCGUGCUCAAACCUCCCCCAACCAGUCAAGCAUUUGGGUACCUUGGCUGGAGGACCCCCAUUUUCUCUUCUUCAAGAAGAAAAGCUUUGUUUAAAAAAAAAAGUCUAUUUUUCUAACAGAACUGUGAAAAUGUCUCCAUUUGUUCUGAAGAGAAGAGGAACAUUAAGCACUGGACAGAAAAGAGAUUUAAAAAACUGCAAAUUUGUCUGCUGUUCAGGUUUAUUUGUUUUUUUACAAAAUGGGAAGUAAUAUUUAUUGUUUGCCUUUGUAUUCAUUUUGGUGUCCUCUUGCAGUUGAUCCCUUGGCUGCAGUUAUUUCUUAAAGCUGUAUUUUUCACAAUGCAGGAGAAUGCAGUUUGUUUCAGAGCCACUUAAAUAACGUAUUUAAGAAAAGAUUAAUGCUAAAACAGCAGGUGUGAAUUUCCUUUCAUUGUAAGUAGCUUGUGCACAUACUGUACCUGCUGAUGUUUCAGUACUCAUAAUUAACUGCCACUUCUGUCUGUACAUUCAUUGAUCUGCAAAGCGUAAUGCGCCAUUAUCAUAAGAGUGCACUAAGCCAACUGAGGCUGAAAUCUGCCUGUGGGAACAUCACAUUUUACUGCUUUUUUCUGAAGAGCUGAAUCCAAAGAGGCCUAAAAUUUAAUACUUGCACAUGAACCAUGCUGUGGCACUGUCUGUACAUUUUUCCCUAGAUAAGUUUUCAUUUAAGAUUUAACAGAGAAAAUGCAUUAGACAGAUGCUUUUGAUGGUUGCAUUUUUAAAUUAUUAAACAGAUGUCAGUCAUAUUUUAUUUACUGUUUUAUUUACUGCAAUAAUUGGGAAUUCAGUGGAAUGUAUUUUACUAUAGAGACUAAAUGCAGUCUUGCCAUUGGUCAGACAUGGUGAGGUAAUUUAUUAUUACCCAUAAAUGGCAGGUGACAAAAUGUCUUUAAAUACUUGUGUGUUAUUUUUAUUUGAUCUGUUUUGUUCCAAUUUUACCCAUCAAAAAAGGCUCUGUGUACCCCAGUCCCAUCCCAGGUGAAUUCUGCUAUUGGUAGACCCCACUGGCCUUAUGCUGAAUUUUUUCAUUGGGUUCCUGAAGCAUGUUCUGCAAGCAUGCCUUUACACGGACGGGGUCAGUCUCUGGCAAUGGGUAAAUGCCUUACUCAAUAUGUAUAAAGACUUCAAGCCAUUAAACCAAAUUGAUUGUUUUAAUCAUAUCACA